AUGUAUGGCGCCAAAGUCAACUAUUUAGACUUAAGUUACAACAGUAUAGAAACAUUGAAGGGGCUGGAAAAAUUCACAAGACUAGAAGAACUCAUUCUGGACAAUAACAAACUAGCCGAUACAGUUAACUUUCCCUUCCUGCCAUUCUUGAAGACACUGUCUUUGAACAAUAAUGAGAUAACAAAUCUAGAGGAUCUAGUCAACAAUUACAACAGUAUAGAAACAUUGAAGGGGCUGGAAAAAUUCACAAGACUAGAAGAACUCAUUCUGGACAAUAACAAACUAGCCGAUACAGUUAACUUUCCCUUCCUGCCAUUCUUGAAGACACUGUCUUUGAACAAUAAUGAGAUAACAAAUCUAGAGGAUCUAGUCAACAAGUUGUGUGAUGCAUUUCCGGAGCUGACAUACCUCAGUCUACUAAGCAAUAAAGCCUGCCCAAACCAGCUCUCGGAUCUAGAGAAAGACGAGUCAGACUACCAAAGAUACAGAUAUUUUGUGAUAUACAAGUUGAAGAACCUCCGGUUUCUGGAUUCGAGGCGUGUCACGGAUCGUGAGCGUAUGGAAGCGAGCGCGCGUGGAGAAUUCAUGCGCGUACGCCGACCGACUAAUGACGUCAUUCCAAAUGAUCCCGGCUCGCCGGAGCUUCGUGCCCGUCCUCUGCCGUUAGACCUCAAUGCGCUUGGGAAGCAUAAAGGUGCUUACGGUAAAUGUCUCUACAAAUACACGGGAAAGCACUCGGAGGGGAACAGAUUCAUUUUGAACAGUGAUUUGUGA